CUCAGUUGUCUACGAGUCGCCGAGCUAUUGGGACGGUUUAAUUGGACGGAAUAAGCGGACUUAAUCCGAAACAGUCGCAGUUCGGAUCACUUCCUUAUCAAAACUUGGCGACGUGACUUAAAUUCCAUUGACGUGUGGGCAUUUUGUGAAUCACAACCGCCGGGUGCCUGAGAAAUCCGUGUUCUAGAACAAAGAAAAAAGACUGCAAUGGGUGGCAUCAAGUACGUCUGCCUGCUGGCUCUCAUAAUAGGAGCAUCAUUAUUGACAAUAGGCGAUGCAAAAUCAAGACGGGAUGUCGAUGCAGAGUUAAACAGGAUUCCUGCUGAUAAAUGGUUGCAAUUGGUCAACUCAGCUAUCGAUUCUGUGAAAAGACAAAAGAGCCUGGAGGAAAAUCUGUUGAACUCCGACAUCACUGUUAAGAACGGUAGCCUUUCACACGUCCAACUUCUGGAUACAUUGCCGAACUUGGCCUCAAAACAGGACAGUGAACUCGCUCUGAAGAUCCUGAAGUCCAGCUUGUUCGUUUACAACAGUGAGUGCCUGCCCAAUGGAAUCAACGGAGAUGAGUGUCGCGAUUACCUGGAGCAAAAACCACUUCCCGAGGGCAGUAGUCUCCGGACCGAGUGCGAAACCUUGCUCAGGGGAAACCGGGAGGGUCACCAUGCUUUCAGAAGGCUUCAAGUGAGCAGUCACUACAAGAACGGAUUCUAUGAUAUGUUCCCCAAUUCCGGUGGACACAAUAGUUUGCCGGCAGCGUGGUCCAUUAGUAAGGAUCUCUACGAGCCCGAUAGCAUUCAAACGGCUAAGCAAAUAAGGUUCGAGAGCAACGCAAAUUUGGGACUGGCUCAAUGGGCGCAGUUUGUGGAGCACGAUCUAAGCAAACCCGUAUCACAAUCGAUGAGCAAUGGAGCUCCGAUCGAGUGUUGCAACCGUGACCAGAACAACCUUCAGCCCCGUCACCACCACCCGGCCUGUGCUCCUAUUAUUCACCAGCCCAGUGGGAAAUACGACGUGCCCAGCUGUCUCAAUUAUGUGAGAAGUGCUCUGGCCGUGGCCGAUUGCAAUUUCGGUGGCGCCGAGCAGCUCAACCAGGCCACGGGAUUCUUGGACCUGUCACAACUCUACGGCUUCACUGCGGCGGCAGAAAAUAAGUUGAGGCUCUUUGAGGGUGGUCUAUUAAGGUCAACACCACGGGGAGAGUACGACAAUGCCCUGCUACCCUUGGCCACUGACACCGAAGGACCCUCCUUCUGCGCCAGGGAAAAAAUUGGAGACGGCACCUGCUUUGCGGCUGGAGACUCGCGGGUGAACAGCAACCCCUUCUCGAUACUGAUCUACACGAUCUUCAUGCGCAACCACAACCGACUGGCCAACGAGCUGCGUCUCAAGAAUCGACGUUGGGGCGAUGAAAAGCUCUUCCAGGCAGCCAAGGCAAUAAACGUGGACAUCUACCGUCGAGUAGUGAUCGAUGAGUGGCUGCCGGUAGUGCUCGGCGGCCCUUUAGCCAUUGCUGUUAAGACACAACAAUAUACACGUGCCCUAGAGGUAUCCAAUGAAUUCGGGGUGGCCGCGAUUCGAUUCUACUUGUCCAUGCUGCCCAAUGAGCUCCAAAAUCUGUCCAAGGAUAACGUGGUGCAUGGAACUGAAAGAAACAACGAAUAUGUCCUAGUCACCAAGAAUCUACCGACGACCAACCUAUUUGAGCUCAAAGAAGAAAUCUACAAGCCAAAGCUCGAGUACACGUCGAAGAAGCUAAACGACAUUCUCGAGAGUUUACUCAAUCAGGAGACCAUGAAAAUGGAUUCCGCCUACUCUGGUGGUGUCGUCUGGCACAAGGACACCAAACCCACCCAUGCCGAUAUCCUGGCCUUUGACAUCCAAAGGGGCAGAGAUCACGGUCUGCUGCCGUACCAUAGAUAUGUGGAAUCGUGCACUCUGUCCAGACCCGUAAAUAGUUGGACGGACUUUGAGAGCCUUAUUCCCGAAGAUGUGCUGGAUAAGCUGAAAACGAUCUACAAUAGUUGGUCCGAUGUGGAUCUCAUUGUGGGUGGAAUUUCGGAGAAGCCUGUUUACGGAUCCGUUGGACCCACCUUCAGUUGCAUAAUCGGUGAGCAAUUCGUGCAUGUGCUUAAACAUCACGCACAAAAGACGGACCACAAACACAUUCGAUUAGUGGAGCAAUAUCGGCAUUUGAAUGGAACCAAAUUGCUCUGCCUGAGCUCUGGACUCUUGGCCGUUCCUCAAAAUAUCUUCCAGUUGCCAUCGGCCAGUAAUCGACUGGUCUCUUGUGAAGAUGUCUAGAGGGUGUCAACACACCGCCCCCUUCCACACUUUGCAAACCAAUUUUAGAUUAAGAUCCAAGCCAAAUGAAAUUGUAAAAGUCAAAGCUCAAUAAAUGCCUCAAUAUCUUGAUUCCAA